CCUUUGUAAGCUGUGAAAAAAGAUUUCUUCCUUAAUUUCUUAUCUCUGUUUCUCUUUAGAGCUUUUUAGAGAGAAAUGGCAGAUAAAAAGAUCGAAAAGAGUGUGGAAUCCGACGCUUCUUGGAUCUCUGAUCCUACAAUGGUGAAGCCGGAGAAGAAGAAGAGGAACAAAUACGCUUUCGCUUGCGCCAUGAUCGCUUCCAUGACUUCAAUUCUCUUGGGUUAUGAUAUUGGAGUGAUGAGUGGAGCAGUUAUCUUUAUAAAAAAAGAUCUAAAAAUCAGCGACGUGCAGGUCGAAGUACUCGUCGGUAUUCUCAAUCUCUACUGUCUAUUUGGGUCGGCGCUCGCAGGAAGAACAUCCGAUUGGAUAGGCCGCCGUUACACAAUCAUCCUCGCCGGGGCAAUCUUCUUCGCCGGCGCUCUACUGAUGGGCUUCUCAACGAAUUACGCUUUUCUAAUGGUGGGUAGAUUCGUGGCUGGGAUUGGAGUAGGCUACGCACUCAUGAUAGCUCCCGUCUACACCGCCGAAGUCUCUCCCGCCUCCUCUCGGGGCUUCCUCACUUCCUUCCCUGAAGUCUUCAUCAACGCCGGUAUCAUGUUCGGAUACGUAUCCAACUACGCCUUCUCCAAGCUCUCCUUACAUCUAGGCUGGCGACUGAUGCUUGGUGUCGGUGCAAUACCGUCCGUCUUCCUAGCCGUCGGAGUCUUAGCCAUGCCCGAAUCUCCACGCUGGCUGGUGAUGCAAGGCCGUCUUGGAGAAGCAAAACGAGUACUCUACAAGACCUCAGAUUCUAAAGAAGAGGCCGAAAGCCGAAUCGCUGAUAUCAAAGAAGCGGUGGGAAUACCACAGAAUUGCAAUGAUGAUUUUGUUCAGGUACAAAAAAAUAGCCAUGGAGAAGGUGUGUGGAAAGAACUACUAAUUCACCCAACCCCAGCUGUCCGUCGUGUCUUCAUCGCUGCAAUUGGAAUCCAUUUCUUCCAACAAGCAUCCGGCAUCGAUGCAGUAGUUCUCUACAGCCCACGCAUUUUCCAGAAAGCUGGAAUUAACGGCACUGACCCACUUCUGGGUGUAACCGUAGCCGUUGGAUUUGUUAAAACGGUGACUAUCUUGAUUGCAACAUUUCUCGUGGACAGGAUCGGUAGACGGCCUCUCUUACUCUUCAGCAGUGGAGGCAUUGUCUUAUCUCUCCUUACCCUCGCUACGGGAUUGACAAUCAUCGAUCAUUAUCCAGAUAAAAAAAUCACAGGAGCCAUCGUCGUUUGUAUCGUCAUGGUCCUUGCUUUCGUUUCUUUCUUCUCGAUUGGGCUAGGACCCAUCACAUGGGUCUACAGCUCUGAGAUCUUCCCUUUAAGGCUACGAGCCCAGGGUGCUAGUAUUGGGGUUGCUUUGAACCGUACAACGAGCGGUGUUCUUACCAUGACUUUCAUUUCUCUCUACAAAGCGAUUACAAUCGGUGGGGCUUUCUUCCUCUACGCAGGAAUCGCUGCCGCUGGUUGGAUCUUCUUCUACACGUUCUUGCCGGAGACUCGAGGGCAGUCGCUGGAAGAUAUGUCUGUUCUGUUUGAAGAAUCGAGAUGGGCGAAGAAAGGGAAGGGAGAAAACCAAGGCCAGUUGCAGUUAGCUAGCAAUGGUCAGGGCCACGGUCCAGCUCAGCCGUGAUUGCUGAGACCGUAUUUUAGUCAUUUUCUUGUGAAGUUUGGACACUUACGUGCCCUUUGCAUGUUUUACUUGGUUUUAUUAUGAGAUAGUUUCGGUUUUACUAAAGUUAUGGUCCACCAAGUGGAUAAAUUUCAUCCGUUGAUGUAUGUAUGAGAUCUAACACGUACAAUGGAUUGCUACGAACGCUUGCAU